AUGCUCCAAAAACCGAUAAAAGGUGAGGACCUUCGGAUUGUUACUCGUAUCGAGAAAAGAAACUGUGGAGUAAUGUUGACAAAGACCAAGGAGCUAAUCAGACCACAACUAAAGGUAACAGUCCUCACUGAGACGCAUGGCGAGGGAUCUAGGUAUGCCUUAGUUGGCCAUUUUCCUGCUAUAUGGUCUACUUUGAAAACUAUUUUUUUUUCUUCUAAUUUUCAAUUAAAGUUUGUAAUAAAAUAUUAUAACCACCAUUUCAUUUAUCCAUGUUUCAUCUGGUACAUAUUUUUUAAGAUGAAGUUUCACAGAUAA